GAUUCAUCGAUCACUUCAUUGAACGAGCGGUUCGACCAGCUAGACCUCGCUCAGACGACCACUACGACCACGCUCGACGACAUCGUGUCACAACUCGAUGCGUUGACUACGACGCUCACGGAGUUGCAGAAGGAUUAUGGCGGUGACAUGGAGCAGGAAGAUGGAGAUCACCGAGGGCGUGCCCGCCAUAUGGUACUUCGACCAUCUAAUGACUCAUUUGCUAAAAUUAAAUUUAAAUUCCAUCUUUUAAUGGCAAAUAUGAUCAUGCUGCAUAUCUUGAUUGGGAAUUAGAGGUCGAACAGAAAUUUUCAUGCCAUGAUAUUCAUGCUUCUUCUCAAGUUAAAGCUACUAUUAGUUAAUUUACUGAUUUUGCUUUAAUUUGGUGGCAUGAAUAUAAACAAAAACAUCCCACUGCCACUCCCACCACUUGGACUCAAUUAAAAGCUGCUAUGCGACACAGUCUUGUGCCUUCCUAUUAUGCCUGAGAUUUGCUUAAUAAAAUGCAGCGUUUUCAGCAAGGUCAACAAUCUGUUUAGGAAUAUUACUAGGAACUACAAAAGGGUAUGAUUCGUUGUGGUUUGUUUGAAUAGGAUGACGCUGCUAUGGCACGUUUUCGCGGUGGUUUGAACUGAGAAAUUCAGGAUAUACUUGAUUAUAAAGAAUAUUUUGAUAUGACCACAUUGUUUGAAUAUGCUUGCAAAGCUGAACGUGAAGUGUAGGGGCGCCGAUUCAAGACAUAUACUAACUCUUUUGCAGGACAAAGCCUGACAUCCAACUCAGCUCCUGCUCUUCCCGCGCCAUCCACCACUAGCACUACACCGCGCGAGAGGACGGCCAAACCUGCAGCGCCCCCAGCUACAGGCGCUGUUCCUUCCACAGGAUGUACACGGGAUAUUCAGUGCCAUCGUUGCAAAGGAUUUGGGAACGUAAUUCGGGACUACCCCAGCAAGCGUACCUUACUCAUACGUGACAAUGGUGAGUACUCUUCCGCUAGUGAUUCUGAAGACACUCGACAUGCUAUGCUUUCCACUGACCAUGCAGAUAAUGAGGAGGUACAUGUCGCUCCUGGCGAUGCUGAGAGGCAUUGUACAAGAACGGUCGAUUCACAUCAUCAUCGACAGUGGCAGCUGCAACAAUUUGGCGAGUACAACUUUGGUAGAGAAGUUAUCCUUGCCCACUCGUAAGCACCCGAACCCAUAUCACAUUCAAUGGCUUAAUGAUGGUGGCAAAAUCAAAGUUACACGUUCGGUACGUGUUCCCUUUUCCUUGGGCUCUUAUUCUGAUUAUGCUGAUUGCGAUGUUAUUCCUAUGGAAGCAUGCUCUUUGUUACUUGGUAGACCGUGGAAAUAUGAUACUGAUAGUUUACAUCAUGGUCGUUCGAAUCAUUAUUCUUUCAUGUUUAAGGGUCAGAAAAUAAUUAUCCAUCCCAUGACCCCUGACCAAAUUAUAAAAGAUGAUCUUGCUCGGGCUACAAAAACUGCAAAGCAACAUGCACCUAAGCCAUCCACCCCUGUUAAUGCUGAAAUCAAGUUGCAUGCUCCUGUUUUACUUGCUACACGUGCUGAUUUUGAUGACCUACAUGAUACUCACUUGCCCUGCAUUGCACUUGUAUGUUCUAGUAUGCUCGUUUCAUUUGAUGAUGCCCCGCCUUUGGAUAUUCCCCUUGCUGUUUCUAACCUUUUGCAGGAGUACGCUAAUGUUUUCCCUAUGGACUAGCCACCGGGUCUUCCCCCGCUUCGUGGCAUUGAACACCAGAUCGACCUCAUCCCCGGUGCCUAGCUUCCAAACCGCGCCCCGUACCGUACGAAUCCGGAUGAGACAAAGGAGAUCCGGCGCCAGGUGCAGGCGUUUGCUUGAUAAAGGUUACAUUUGUGAAUCUCUUAGUCCUUGCUCAGUUCCUGUUUUACUUGUUCCAAAGAAAGAUGGGUCAUGGUGUAUGUGUGUCGACUGUCGCGCUAUUAAUAACAUCACAAUUCGUUAUCGA